AUGGUUAACAUGAUCUAUAAUGGACCGGCUUGCCGCCCUCGAGUCCGCACAACACCAACCCAGCGCGAAAUCCUUCAGCAAGCUCGCUUUGACCAGAAUAUCCGCGAUGGUCAACGGCUGGGUGCUAUUCCUGAAGCUCCAACCCCUCUAGCUAGACCGACCAACCCCACAAACGAUGAUAUAACCAACCCUCCGGACGGAGCUAACCAUCAGAUGCCAUUUGAGGAAAAUCUCCAAGACCCCGCGUGGCUGGAUGACGAUCCUAUCUUGGCUCAUGCUAGCUAUCAUCGAAUGCGCCGUUACGCUGAACGCCGAGAGAUCAUUAGCACCCAAUGGACACAAUUGGAGACCCAAGUCACAUCAGCUUACCUGCAGUGUCAACGUGAUACCUCCAACUGGACAUAUCAACCUCAAGGUUUACCAGCUGAGUUGUGUACCUGUUUGUCCGACAAUAUUCAUGAACGACAAGUAGAUCUCAUUGAUAUUCUCCUUCGGUCAUCAACUUCUGAACUCAGCAAGCUCCAUGCUAAAGACAACAGGUUUACUCCGGGACAGAACUACACGAACGAGUUCUUUGAGGAGCAAUGGCGGAUGGAGCAGGAAUAUCAUCGUCGGACUAAUCUAACUGUGAAGAAACAGAAGAUUGAACUUGGGAAGCUUUUAUGCCUCGAAGAAGCCCUUGACACUGCAUGGAGAAAUGUGGUCCUUACACCUGAGCAAGCACUUGCACGUGCAACUGCGUGUGCUACUCUUACGCGGAAGAUUGCCGACUUGCGGGCAUUGGUUGGAGACAAAUUGCUCACAGCAGUGAGUGGUAUUGAGACGGUGGAGGAACGAGAACUGCUGAUGAAGAUUUGGUACAACAAAACAGAACUACGACAAAAGUUCUUAGCUUUGCUCCAGGAGAAGCAACCAUUGGUACGAGUCCGCCGCAGAGGUACGCGUGGUCAGCAAAAGCUCAUGGCUUUGCUGCGAAAACAUGCGGAGCGGCUGCAUACAGUCCUGGAUGUGUACACUAAGCAAGUCAAUUGGUAUGUGGCAGCCUAUCCUGCCCGACCAGCUCCACCCAUCAUUGGCACGGAAUCCGUCACCUGGCUUGCUUGA